AUGUCCGGCCUCGAACUGGCAGGGCUGGUGCUAGGCGCUGUAGGAGUAGUCGCCGCCUUCAAGGGCGCUGUGGACACCGCACUGUUCAUUGAGUCCUUCUUCGAUGACGCCCGAGCAGACUGUGGGUAUCUGGAGCUGAGCUACCACAUUGAGAAGACACGUCUACAGGUCUGGGGGGAGCUGUGUAAAGUGACGGAUGAGUCCCGCUCGGACGAAUGCACUCUCCGCGACAAACCGGAAUAUCUGAAGGCGCUGAUUGUGCGCAUCCUCGGUGAGAUCCAGAAGCUCAACAGGGAGGCCAACAGCUUGGUUUACAAGUACAACAUCGACUUCGGGGCACUUCCUCCAUUGGACCUAGAUGAUAAUCUGGCCCCAGGCCGGGCCUUGCCGGAAGCGCUGUCUAAAAGGAUAACCAAGCCUAAAUCGCGAAUCCUCUGGACCAUCAAGGGUAAAUCCGAGUUUCAAGAAGUUGUCACAAAGAUCCAGAAGCUUGUCAGCAGCCUGCACGAGCUUAACGUUCAUACCGGGGAAUCACAGCUCCUAGGAAAUGCCCUCCCGCCACAGGUCCUCGCCCCGCUCACUAACCCAAGGUUGCUGCAAAUCCUUUCCGAUCCGCAAAACCGAGUGGAUCGGACCCUAGCUCUCUCUGCCUACGCUAAGAGUCUUCAUCAGAAGGCCGAUCAUGCACCGUGGGCUUCCGCGACUACAAUAACUGACAGGGAGCUGGAGUUCCGAGCUGGCUCAGCAGCUACUGGCAUCUUCUUUCACCCAGACGGUCAGAUGCUGCCUGUAUGGGUCGAGUGGAACUAUAUCACUUCAAUCCCAGGGUCCGAUAGAUACGACAAAUUGGUCAGGUCGCUGGGCUACGUCCUGGAGCGAGUGAGCCAGUCAGAGCUAUGCCUCCCACCCUGCUACGGUGUCCACGACGACCUUAAAUACGAAGCAGAGCACGGGCUCCGGCGCAUUGGCUUUGUCUUCGGCCUGCCUACGCCCGAUCCCUCCGCGCAGCUCCGAUACGAGUCCAAUUUCGAGCGAUACCCGCCGCAGAGCCUCAAGACCCUAAUCCAGUCCGGGAAAAGCACCGAUAUCCCCCUUCUGGGAGACCGUUUCCGCCUAGCCUACCGGCUCGCGAAUGCUUUUAGUCUCUUCCAUGCAGCUGGCUGGCUACACAAAGGCAUGCAUAGCGGCAACAUCCUAUUUCUCCAGCGUGCCAAUGGCACAGGCAUCACGGUGGUGCAGCCGUUCAUUACAGGGUUCCAAUAUUCGCGGCCGCAUGAAGCGGCCUCGUUAUCCCGCAGCCCGCUUGAUGACUCGGCACUAGACCGGUACUACCAUCCUGACGCACACCGAGGUUUCACAAAGCAGCGCGAUCUGUACGGUCUGGGCGUUGUUCUAUGUGAGAUUGGCCGCUGGGCGCUCGUGUCGGAUACAGUAACGGAGCGGAGGAGGAAAAAGCUGACGAGUCGUGAGGCGUGGCGCGAGUAUAUGCUGGACCAUGUUGUUGAGGAUCUAGGGUGGCGGAUGGGGAAGAUGUAUCAGGAUGCAGUGAGGACGCUGUUGGAUUCUAGUCUCCCCACGGAUGAUGCGGGUGAUGCGUUCUUUGCGCAGCAGGUUCUGGAGAAGGUGAUCCAGCCGUUGAGUAUUUGCAAUGCUUGA